CCGAGGCCAGCAGGGGGCGGUGCAGGCCUGGACAGUCAGAAACAACUACUGCAGCACAUUUUGUUUUUCUGCUGGAGCAGGCAAACAUAGGUGAGCCGAAACAUCAAAGGCGGCUCGAAGGGCUUCAUCUUUGACCUGACCUGAUUAAAAGGGGGCUUCAAUGAAUCCACCAGCUCGGUGGAUGCAGACACUUCCUCUCUGUUAUUAACCCGAGCUGAUCCACAGCUGGACUGGACUCUGACCUACCCAGAAGCCAUGUGGUUCCCAUCAGCGAGAACAGCCAAAGCAGGUCUGCCACUAAACUCUAUGUAAGAUGACAGCAAGUCUUAUUCAACGCCUCCAGGGACUGAACGAACUUGUAUAACACAGCAGAGGAGGGACCAUUUGGGGAGUCAACAUCUUCUUCUUCUUCAGACUGCAGUCCAGCUGCAGUAUGGCUCUGCUGGUCCACCUGCUGGCCUGUGCCUUUGGCCUGGGCUCUUGGGUGGCAGUGAACGGUCUGUGGGUACAACUGCCGCUCAUCGUCAACACUCUGCCGGAGGGCUGGGAGCUCCCCUCCUACCUGACAGUCAUCAUCCAGCUGGCCAACCUCGGACCUCUGCUGGUCACCGUCAUGCACAAAGUGUGCCCGGGUCGCCUGAAGGAGCACUUUGUCAUUUACCCCAUCCUCUCCGUCGGCGUCCUCUCCUGCAUCCUGCUCGCCUUCUUGUGGGACAAGACAACGAUAGUGGCUGGGGAAUCGCACAGCACUGCUUUCUUCAUCCUCACCUUCUUCCUCUCUCUGGUGGACUGCACCUCCUCAGUUACCUUCCUGCCUUUCAUGAUGCAACUGCCUGCAAAAUACGUCACCACAUACUUUAUUGGAGAGGGGCUAAGUGGCUUCAUUCCUGGUAUAGUCGCUCUGGCACAAGGUGUGGGUAUUGCCAAAUGUGUCAACUCCUCUGACACUGCAGGAAACCACACGGGUGGGAGCGCGGCAUCACACACAGUGUAUCUUCCUCCCAACUUCUCCACUGAGGUGUUUUUCUUCUUCUUAGCAGCUAUGACGUGCAUAAGCCUGGCUGCCUUUUUUGCACUGAACAGGCUUCCUCGGAUAUACGAGCUGGCCACUGAAAAUCUUGUGCCAGACACUGCGGCAUCUGUCAGCUCCGGCCUGGAGAACCCUGGAGCAGAGACUGAUGGAGAGGGUGUGAAAUGCCAGGAUGAGGGGGCAGCCAAGAGCAGACAUCUGCUGGCCAGCCCCAAACACACCAUGUACCAGCUGACCUUCAUCUACUUUCUGGUGGUGUGUGUCAAUGCUACAACCAACGGGCUGCUGCCUUCUGUGCAGACGUACUCCUGUAUGCCCUACGGUAACCUGGCCUAUCACCUCUCUGCUGCUCUGUCGUCGGUGGCCAACCCGGUGGCUUGCACCAUUGCAAUGUUCUUCCAAAACAGGUCUCUGGUCUUUCUUGGUGUGCUGAUGGUGCUGGGGACAGGAUUUGGCAGCUAUAACAUGGCUAUGGCGGCUCUGAGUCCGUGUCCUUUGCUUCAAGGGUCUGUGGUGGGAGAGACGAUCAUUGUGCUCUCAUGGCUCUUCUUCACGGGGACGCUAACUUAUGUCAAAGUAAUGGUCGGUGUAAUCCUGAGAGACCGGAGCCACAGCGCCCUGGUCUGGUGUGGAGCUGCAUCACAGAUGGGCUCACUGAUUGGCUCGGUCACCAUGUUCCCGCUGGUUAACGUCUACCAACUGUUUAAGUCAGGAGACUUGUGCAACACUAAAUGUCCCUUAUAGUGGCUGAUCGGAAAUGGAAGCGUGCAGCUUACACAGUUUAAAUUAGAUGAAAAAAUAAAGUGUCAUGUCUGUAUGUAAAGUAUGGUGCUGAUUGUGGACAGAGCCAGGCUAACCUUCUGGUCUUUAUGCUAAGCUAAACUAACCGGCUGCUAGCUCUAACUUCAUAUUAAGACGUGAGUGGUAUCAAUCUUCUCUGCUAAGUCUCAGCAAAAAAGCAAAUGAGCAUAUUUCACAAAAUGUGUUCCUUUGAGGUUCUUCUGCAGGACCAACAGUCUGCGAUCCUUCAGCCUUUGGUUAAAAAAAGUGAAGUUUUUGCAUUUAUUUUCUUUCCUUUGCAGCUUUAUGAUUUUUGAGUCAUGUUUGCACUUCAGUGUUUGUAUCAAAGCUGUUUAAUACACUAUGCUAAGAAGAGCUAUUAAGUUGUGUAAAUAUUAAAUAUAAGAAGUUCAAAACUGCUGAUGCAGCUUAGCUCUCUUGAUUCUCAUGCAGUUGCUUUGCUUGAAACUGUCACCCCAUUUUUGCCCACUAGAUGGCGCAAGCACGCUUUGCUCUAUUAAAACCUGUCAUUUCACACCGCAAGCAUUUCACAUUCAUACUGCGUACAUGGAAAAAAAAAAAAUCAAGGAAAUGAAACUGAUUUUGCACAUGUAAACUGAAUACUUAAUGCUGAUGUUUAUGCACAUACUAUAUGGAAUGCUUUAAUUUAAGUCUAAACAUACAUGUAUAAAAUGAAAAGCUAAUAAAAAGAGCUUGUUGACGCA